CUUCAAAGACAGCAAUUGGUAGCCUGAGCUAGAACACUGGAACCCAGACAACAAUUUAUAUGAUCAAACCACUGAGUCGAGGAUCGAUUGCUAUAAAUUCCACAAACAUCCUCGACAAUCCACUCAUCGACUAUGGUGCUUUGACAGAUCCAACCGAUAUCGAACUUGUCCUAUCACUCUUCUCAAAGAACAGACAAAUCAUGGCCCAACCCUCAAUGCAAGUUCUCGGUCCCACAGAGAUCAGCCCUGGAGCAAACAUCACCAGUGACGAAGACCUGAAAGCCAAGUUCAGAACGUUGAUCAACCCUUCCAAUGCACAUGAAUGCUGCACUUUGCCAAUGAUGAAGUUGGAGCUUGGCGGUGUUGUUGAUGAUGAGUUGGUAGUCUAUGGCGUGAAAGGAUUGAGUGUGGCUGAUGCGAGUUUUAUGCCUAUUACUCCUGCGAGUGCGCCAUCGGCUACGAUCUAUGCUGCUGGUGAAAAAGCUGCGGAUCUGAUCAAGAAGCGACAUGGCCCACCACCAUUUGACAGAAAAUAACAACAGAACUUGUGGAGAGGGAACAGCCAGCAUUGAAGUCAUAAUUGAUAUCGUACCUGGUAGUUGGGCUGCGGCGUGUGUACAGAUAGCCUCGUAAUGAUGGGAUUUCU